AUAAAAAAAAACAAUUAAGUUAUGAAAAACAAUAUUAAUUGCCUUUCUUUGUCGCCGCUGCAGAUAAAGAAAUGGCGGAUAUAUAGACACGAAUCACCGGAGAAGCGGUUUCAUGGAUAAAAACAGAAUGAGCUGAUAGUUCCAGUGGUCUUUCAGAAGAGAGAGGCUGACCGGAAGAUGCCAAGAAGAAAACAACAGAAUCCUCAACCUGUCAAGUUGGAUUCUGAAGAUGGUGUAUUAACCAUUGGCUCUCCAGGAAGCCUGACCUUGAAGGCAGAUUUCCUUCUGGGACACGACCUUGAGUUUGGUGACCCCGGCCAUGACAAGAUCCUAGGCUUGGACGACAAGUACUCAGACUCUGUAGCGGCUGAGAUCGGCUUCUCUGUGUACCCUCUGGGGGAUGAGGAAGAGAGUUGUGCCUUCAGCCGUCUCAGUAUGGAGAGUGACGCAGAUGAGCCCCACACCGCCACCGAGAGCUGCAGGGACCAGGAGGAUGGUCCAACCUCCCAGCCCGACCUCGAGCCACCCUUCCCCCCCUACCUGUCCUGCCGGGGCUGUGGUCUGGAUCUGGUGGGACCCUACUGCCACCGUUGCUGCAAGGGAGGAGGAGGAGGGGGGGGAUUCAGCGGCGCGUUCGGUGGCUUUCGCUCCGGUUCGCGGUCACAAGCGGACGACAGCGAGGAAGGAGGGGACGUAACGGACGACAACUCCAUAAUGGGUGACGACGGUCCCAACUCCAAGCUCCACUCCUGCCAGUUGUGUGGGUUCUCCUCACGCUAUGCCAAUCACGUCAAGAGGCACAUGAAGACUCACAACGGGGAGAAGCCGUACCACUGUCCCCUGUGUACCUACGCCUCGGCCCAGCUGGUCAACCUGCAGAGACACCUGAGGAUUCACACUGGGGAGAAACCAUACAGGUGUGACUGCUGCUCCUUCGCCUGCAGUUCCCUAGGCAACCUGAAGAGGCAUCAGAGGAUGCAUGUGGCUGCAGGGGCGGGACAGGAAGCAGAGAGACCUGCCUGCGGAUCUCCUAUUGAUCCCUCUACUGUUGGUCCUCCUGCUAAUGGCCCUCCUGCUGUUGGUCCUCCUGCUAGUGGACAUGGUCUUAAGAGGAAGGAGGAGCCCAGUGCUUCAGCUGAAGAAGUGGCGAGGUCUGAUCUAGACCUCCACAACAGAGACUACCUGCCACGCUACAGCAGACUAAGGUUACAACCACCACUGGAGCAACAGCCCCCAAGACUUCUGGAGGGGCCUGGACUUGGGGCUGGGACUUUAGGAAGGUGUUUGACUGGGUCUAGGUCUGGAGUCAGACCUGUGGUGGGAGUGAAGUCAGAGGAGACACACAGAGACUCUCUCCUUCCUCUGCUCUUCCCCUUUACCUGUCGUCUCUGUGGUACCCCCCUGGAGGACGAGGACGGUUCCACUGCACAGAUCUGUGCCAAAUGCACCCUGGACAUGCUGACCAAGGAGUCAUCUGGCCCCAACAGCCCCGGAGAGCGUGGGGACAAGGUCUACACCUGCAGUGCCUGUCCCUUCCUCACCCACUACCCCAACCACCUGGCGCGACACAUGAAGACGCACAGCGGAGAGAAGCCGUACAAGUGCCCUCAGUGCGACUACGCCUCCGCCCACUUCGACAACCUGAAACGCCAUCACCGCGUGCACACGGGCGAGAAGCCGUACAAGUGCCACCUGUGUGACUACGCCUGUGGGAACCUGGCUAACUUAAAACGUCACCAGCGGGUCCACUCGGGCGCCAAACCGUUCCAGUGCGCAGUGUGUAGCUACAGCUGUAACCAGAGUAUGAAUCUGAAGAGACACAUGCUGAGACACACGGGAGAGAAGCCUUAUAAGUGCCAGCAGUGUGGCUACACCACGGGACACUGGGACAACUACAAACGACACCAGAAGAAACAUGGCCUCGCCACCGACGGAUGGGUCAAAGUUCAGAUGUCCGGCGGGGGUGAGGAAGAGGGGGGUGAGGAAGAGGAUGAGGAAGAAAGGGUGGCGGGACAGCCGCAGAGGAAAGAGGAAGAGGCGGUGAUGCAGUAUAUGUCCAGAUAGGAGAGGAACAGAGCUGUACCACAGAACAUGGGAAAUGACAGCUUAAACUACCAGCAAAAUCCUAGAUGUUUUUGUCAAUGAUUUCUCUGCAGCUGCUAUGUAGAAUCAUGCACAAUUCUAGAAUCAUGCACAAUUCUAGAAUCAUGCACAAUUCUAGAACAUGGUGAUUAUUAGUGGAAAUGUUUGAUGCCUUUUGGACAGAAAGUAAAGGAGGGUGAAGGAAGGUUGCUGCUGUGUUGCCAGAUGAAUGGACUGGGAUGAGGGUUCUACUUUAACGUCCGCAACUAAAUGCUGCCUGCAUUGUUCACCAUAUGCUGUUUCUCCCCCA